AAGAAGUGCAGGCAGAUUUUUUUGACUUGGCGACACCCAAACAAGGCGCUGUUGCUGUGCAGUUGGAGCCCAAAUCGGUCCCUUGAGAGUUGUCCGAUUUCGCACAUGCUGCUGCUGCAUCCUCCUUUUAUGGCCAUUCCGUCCCUCUCUCUCCACCUCUAGCUCUCUCCAGUUCCUAAUUUUCCCGCACCCAACGGAGUUCCCAAAACCCUAAUCCCUCUUUCUCCCUCUCCCCACCCUUUUCUUCUUGCUUUACAUUCCGUACGUGCCCCGACUUGUCUCCGUUUCUCUCCGAAUUUUGAGGCGAUGGGGUGAAGAGAACAACGUUCCCGAGGAAUUGAUGGAGUGGGACAGUAAUUCUGAUCUGAGCGGCGGUGAGGAGGAGGAGGAGGAAGAGGAGGGCUUCCUGUUGAACCAUGGCGGGCCCUUGCCCUUCCCGGUCGACGGCUUGCUCCAGCCGGCGCCUUGCGGGUUCGCCGUCACCGACGCCUUGGAGCCCGACCAUCCGAUUAUUUACGUCAAUUCGGUUUUCGAAAUUGUCACGGGCUAUCGCGCCGAGGAGGUCCUCGGCCGGAAUUGUCGAUUUUUGCAAUGCAGAGGCCCAUUUGCUAAAAGAAGGCAUCAGCUUGUGGAUUCUGCUGUUGUUUCAGAAAUAAGAAGAUGCCUUGAAGAUGGUGUUGAAUUCCAGGGCGAGUUGUUAAAUUUUAGGAAAGAUGGAUCUCCAUUGAUGAAUAAAUUGCGCCUGACUCCUAUAUAUGGAGAUGAUGAAGCCGUUACCCAUUUUAUUGGUAUCCAGUUCUUCACUGAAACAAAUCUUGACCUUGGUCCACUUCCAGGCUCUUUGACAAAGGAGUCUGCUAGGGUAUCUGACCAGUUCCAUUCCAGUCUUUCCUCUUAUCGGCUAAGUGCUGAUGUGAACCGGUGUCUCCCUCAAGGGACUUGUGCAAUACUGCAAUUGAGCGAUGAGGUCCUGUCUCUCAAGAUUCUGUCACGGUUGACUCCAAGAGAUAUUGCAUCUGUUGGCUCUGUUUGUAGGCGAUUCUAUGACAUAACAAAGAAUGAGGAUCUUUGGAGAAUGGUCUGUCAAAAUGCUUGGGGUUGUGAAACAACUAGGGUAUUAGAGACAGUACCAGGAGCAAAGAGGCUUGGGUGGGGUUGUCUGGCUAGGGAGCUCACUACUCUUGAAGCAGCUGCUUGGAGAAAGCUAACCGUUGGAGGUGUGGUGGAACCAUCUCGUUGCAACUUCAGUGCAUGUGCUGUAGGAAAUCGAGUGGUUCUUUUUGGUGGGGAGGGGGUCAACAUGCAACCAAUGAAUGAUACCUUUGUAUUGGACUUAAACUCUAGCAAGCCAGAGUGGCAACAUAUCAAAGUCAGCUCCCCGCCUCCUGGCCGCUGGGGUCACACACUUUCUUGUGUGAAUGGAUCUCAUUUGGUUGUAUUUGGUGGAUGUGGAAGGCAAGGUUUACUAAAUGAUGUCUUUGUGUUAGAUCUAGAUGCUAAGCAACCUACUUGGCGUGAAAUCUCUAGCCUGGCUCCUCCUCUUCCCCGAUCAUGGCAUAGCUCCUGCACACUUGAUGGGACAAAGUUGAUCGUUUCGGGUGGCUGUGCAGAUUCUGGGGUACUGCUUAGUGACACUUUUCUGCUUGAUCUCUCAUUGGAGAAGCCUGUCUGGAGGGAGAUACCAGUAGCAUGGACCCCGCCUUCUCGUUUGGGUCACACACUGUCUGUUUAUGGUGGUAGGAAAAUUUUGAUGUUUGGGGGUCUUGCUAAGAGUGGGCCACUCCGCUUCCGCUCAAGUGAUGUCUUCACGAUGGAUUUGAGUGAGGAGGAACCCUGUUGGAGAUGUGUAACUGGGAGUGGAAUGCCUGGUGCUGGAAAUCCAGGUGGAAUUGCUCCUCCUCCCAGGCUUGAUCAUGUAGCUGUGAGCCUCCCAGGUGGCAGAAUCCUGGUGUUUGGUGGCUCUGUGGCUGGUCUUCACUCGGCAUCUCAGCUUUACAUUCUGGACCCUACCGAUGAGAAGCCCACAUGGAGAAUAUUAAAUGUACCCGGGCGACCUCCAAGAUUUGCUUGGGGACAUAGUACAUGUGUUGUUGGAGGUACGAGGGCCAUAGUUAUUGGUGGUCAAACUGGAGAAGAGUGGAUGCUAAGUGAGCUUCAUGAGCUCUCUUUAGCAGGUUCAGUUAUCUGAUUAGGAAAACAGAAAGAAAGCUGUUGCCAACAAAUUUUGACCUCAGUAAGUAAAACUGUCUCAAUAUGUCAACUUGUGACAAAUGUGCUACAUUGAAGGCUUUUGACAGAUAUGGCUGUGGUCGGUAUUCUUCUGUAACCAGUUGCCCAUAAUGCAGUUUCUUGUAUGAGGUACUUGUGGCUCGCGAUAAACAUUUCUCUGAGCAACUUUCAUCAGGGUUUAACUUUGUGAGAUUUGUAUGAAACUGCUCUAUAACACAUUGGAUCAUUGCCCCUUUGUAUGAGGUGCUUCUGGUUCGCGAUGAGUAUUUCUCUCAGCAACUUUCAUGAGGGUUUAAUUUUGUGAGAUAUGUAUGGAACUGCUCUAUAACACAUUGGAUCAUCAACCUUCCUAGGUUAGUAGUGCUUCAUUAAAUUGUUAGGUAUAAGUUUAUGUAAGUUCAGUUUCCGUUGUUAGCCAUAUGUUCUUGCUGUUUAGGUUCGGUGAGUACAAUCCUACUUUGACAAUUUCGAUUAAUGUAAAAAAAAAAAGAGGAGGGAAGAGAAACCAUUGGAAGAAAGGAGGUUGAUAAAUAGGAGAUAAGUGGUCCUGCUUGUGCAUAACAAGUGAUGAACCGAUUGUACUAAAUUUCCCCUGCUUAUUAUCUAGAGAAUCUUAUCAUGUCA